GAUCAAGAUGUGUAGUCGAGUCGAAGAGAGAGACUUUGUGACCGCCCAUCAUGAGAUGGCUCAUGUAGCCUACUUCAUGGCAUACAAAAACCGGCCACUCGUCGACAGGGAUAGUGCUAACCCUGCCAUUUAUGAAGCUAUUGGAGAUCUCAUAAAGUUGUCGGUGUUGACACCAGAACACCUAAAGAAACUAGAACUGAUCUCUGAGGUUCCAACAGACAGAG